GCAUACCAUGAUUUAGUUGGUUACUUCAAACUUACUCAACAUGCUUGCAGACAAGAAAAGUUACUUCACGAAUCGGAAGUGUGUUCCGUGGCAACUGUCGCCUUAAGCGACAUCGAAUCAGUAAAUGACUGCAUUCGCAGACGCAACUCUGGCAUCGUCAUCAGUCUUCUCGACAUCAAGUCUAUGUUCGUCAAAGAAACAUAUGAACUCUAUGGCUCGACCCGCUUUCUGCUGCACACUUAUGGCUUCUCACCUCCGUCGGCUUUAGAGUUGGGUCCACUUGAGCGUCCUAUGGAGGCGAUCCGAAACACCAAUCUAACCAGAAUGAUAGAGGAUGCAACUUUAUGGGUUUGGUUUGUGUGUUCGGUGGGGAGAAGAGAUACCUCAACCGUUUGUCAUGAGCGGUCACUUGUAAAGCGUUGA